UGACAAGCAGACCCUGCGCAUGGCGGCAAUGGUCACCGUCCUGUUCCUUUUGGCCACGGCCUCAUGCGGCAUCGCAUUCGAUGUGGAGAAGCCCACUUCUCAGGGUUUCGUCGGCGGAAACCGGAUCGGAAUACUGGGUCGCACAGUAGAAGAGUACCGUGGCAUUCCGUACGCACAGCCCCCACUGGGAAGGCUACGCUUCCAACCACCCCAACCCCACCAGAAUUGGGAGGGUGUGGUGGACGCCACAAGCAGGAGGACUGCUUGCCCACAAGUCGUCAUUAGCCCCCUCCUGAGUGCCGGCGUGAACUUCACUGAGGACUGCCUGCACCUUAACGUCUGGACCCCUGUCGCGCGCAUCCAAACGCCCGCUCCUGUGCUCGUGUCAAUCCAUGGCGGAGGCUUUUCACACGGCUCCUCCAGCGUCGAAGUUUUCAAUGGCGCCAUCCUGGCCGCCAGAACUGGUUUCAUCGUCGUCUCCUUCAACUACAGGCUCGGCGUCCUCGGAUUCCUAGACGCGAACUCACCAGAGGCACCCGGUAACGUGGGCCUCAUGGACCAGAACUUGGCGUUGAGGUGGAUCCAGGAAAAUAUUCACCAUUUUAGAGGUGACCCAUCGAGAGUGACGAUUUUCGGGGAGAGCGCGGGAGGCAUGAGCGCCCAUGCUCACGUAAUCUCGCCAAUGAGCAGCGGCCUCUUCAAGACGGCGUGCCUUAUGAGCGGAACGCUACACAGUCGAGAUUUUGUCGAGCCCGUGAGCGAGAGCGUCCACAAAGGCAACGCUGUUGCUGUGGCUGUCGGUUGUGCCGAUGGUAACACUAGCUUGGCCUCCCACCCAGAAUCAGUGGUGGCCUGCCUGCGAACCAAAAGUGCCGACGAACUCGUGCUUGCGGCGAGCGAAAAGCUCGCGCCCAAGAUAUUCCCGUUCGUGCCGACAUUUCCCAACGAAUUCCUGCCAAACGAUCCGGCUGUAGCGGUGAAAGAAGGCUUGUUCAACCCUGUCGACCUAAUAGUCGGAGUGACCACGGACGAGGGAGCCAUAGCACUGUUGUACCCUCCCAGGCUGCAACUGUUGGCAGAGAGGAUUGAAGGCCUCGAAGAGGAGUCAUUCAACAGGUCUAUCCACGAGAGUAUCUUCUCCUGGCUGAAGACGAACUCCUCGAAGAACCUCGCCCCAUACACUUCUGAAGUGUGCGACAAGGCUUCCCUGAGGCGUGCGUACGUGGACUUUCUCUCGGACAACACCUUCGUGUGCCCCAAGCACUUCACGGCCGAGGGUCAUUCCGAACACGGUCACUCGGUGUACUCCUACGUCUUUGCCUACAUGUCAGCAAAAAGUGACCUGCCAACGUGGAUGGGCACGCCGCAUAGUUGGGACUUGGGCUACAUACUAGGAUUCCCCCUCGUUAACCAGGAGCAAUUCGACGCCAAAGACGCUGCCAUGUCCCAGACUUUCAUCAAUGUGCUGUCAACCUUUGCUGACACUGGGGUGCCCCAACUGCCAAUGGGGAAGCAAUGGCCAAAGUACACCGCAGCCAACCCGGUUUCCGUCUUCAUGGACAACGACAAUAUUACAGACGUCAUCGGUUUCCGUAGAAAUUACUGCAAUGCCUGGAGGCCUGGCCCACAAAAUUAGGAAUGCAUUCGAGAUUGAAGCGUCACGUAUGAUCAAAGUUUUCCUACGGUGGAAAGACGCAACCUAUAGGUUCGUCGAUGAACCGCACCACGUGCGUUUCGCAGUUUAAAAUAGAUUAACUCUGCCAUUAUCUCAGACACAAAAUCAUUGCGACGCAAUAAAAUGACUCUAAAUACCAUUUUUGUCAG